UCCAUGUCCAUAUAAAAGCCAGCACGUUGUUGAGCAGAGCAAUCAGUUGCAGUUGAAGCAUCCGCCUUAUAACACUCAAACCCAUCCACAGUCACAGCUCUCAAGCUCAAGUCAAGAUGUUCAAAUAUAUGCUGUGCCUCGCCCUCAUCGGUUGCGCAUGCGCCGACAACAUCAACAAGGACGCACAGAUUCGCAGCUUCCAGAACGAAGCAUCCGAUGCGGAGGGCAAUUAUCAGUAUGCCUAUGAGACCAGCAAUGGCAUUCAGGUCCAGGAGGCGGGCAAUCCCUCGGGCGUUCGCGGUGCGCUCUCCUACAUUUCACCCGAAGGCGAACAGAUCUCGCUGAGCUACACGGCCGAUGAGGAGGGCUACCAUCCCGUUGGCGAUCAUUUGCCAACACCGCCUCCGGUUCCGGCCUACGUGCUCCGUGCCCUCGAGUACAUUCGCACACACCCGCCAGCACAGAAGGACGAGCAAUAAGCUGACAUCGAAGAACCACAUCCGCGAAGACAGAACCAACCAGUCAACCAACAUUACCACCAUCAUCCACACGACUCGAAUCUGUGGCAGUCAUUGUUAUAUAGAGACAUACUUUCGCAUGUUUAAAUUAGUUGUAGUUAUCGUUAAUA